AUGACCACACAUACAACAAGUUCAUUUAAAGUGCGCCUUCGGCGUCCGCCAGCCGAAGUGUCAAAGACCACCACCAGCACGACCACCACCACAACCACUGCCACAACUGCUUCAACAACUGCCAGUAAAAAGGCAACUGAUAGGGGUGAGUUUCUUCGGCCGAUGGCCGCUGUCAGUGGAAAAACUGGUGACUCUCAACAACCGUAUUCAUCUCGAAAUUAUCGCGAGCUUCUGCUAAAAACUCCACCACGUCCAGUAUCGGUCAUUUCCAAGCACCUCUCAACAACAGGCAAUAUUGAUUCACUGAAGAAGAGCGUCUCUAAUCAGCCAACGGAAGAUCUGAACACGGGCGGUAAUCUGCUGACUUCCAACACUAGUGUUCAGCAAUCAACCACCAAACAGUACAACCAAACAAUGUCAGCCUCAAUGUCCGCCACUCAGCACUCGACUCUGAUGGAGCGCUUAGAAAUUGAAAGGAAGGAAAAGCUUCUCAAAGAGUCUCACGCCGAGUUGUACUCAAAGUUUCGAAACUUUCGCAUCAACGGUCAGCAGACUCAGCAGGAGUCCUCCGAGUCUUCGAAUGAUGAAAAUGAAGAGCCAACUGCGACAGAUGAUCCUGAUUACUCGCCCGAGUACAUACCAUCAGGUAAAUGUGCUCAAAAAGUGGUGCGAGCCUUUUCCGCUGACCAGUCUGUGGUGGAGGUUUUGCCCGACAACGCCAGCUCGUUCGGUGAGCCCUCCUUCGUAAAAGGCAUCAACAAUGGUGUCCUUCGACUGCCAAUGUCUCAUCAGGUGAUUGCCAGCUCUAACUCCUACUCCAAUGAAGUCGCCGAAAGCAUUGCCAGUCAGUAUUCCAGCUCAAAGGCGGCUAAAAAGCCGAUCCCAUUGGGAAGCACCAGCAAGAGACGGCUGCCGGUUUCUAGCUCUAAAAAGCCUCUGAUUGAUAACUCCCAACGACCUUGGUUGAAGCAGUUUCCUGCAAAGGAAAGUGCAUCAUCAGUAGGGAAGGCGGGACGGAUUUUAAGGCCACUGAACUUGGAUUCGCAUAUGGCAGCAGUGGCGGUAAGCUCUUCUAGUACCUCUUCAACCACCACCACCAACACGUCUGCCAACUCUGGAACUUCAGUGGGCAACAACUCUUCUGGUGCCUCGAUCAAGCACACUAAACGAACUGAUUCCGCCAAUUCUCACCAAAUAAUAGUCGACAUGGAUAUUGACGACACGGAAAGCUUUGAGAAUGACAGUCAACUGAAGCUGGCUCGCUCUAUGCCUGCCCUGGACAGAGUGCCGGAGCCGUGUGUUGUUGAGCUGCCGGUCACCUCAAAGACCAGUGAAGCCGUUCCGCCUUCCGCAAAGAAGAUGCCUCCCCCUGCUCAGCUGCCAAAGCCUGGCUCAGUCAAACCGUCUACUCCGAUGCCAGUGCUGAAGAGCCUCAAAAUGCUGGCCCCCAGCUUGGCAAAGGUUCCUAAAAUGCCUGAGCGACAGCCUGCUCCACCCCCACCAGCCCCACCAUCAUCAUCAUCGUCAUCUUCAGCAAAGCCGACACCGGCAAAAGUACCGUCAAAGUCGGUACCUGCCGUUCCAGCUUCUAGCUCAAAGUCAAAACCCGCAGACAGCUCGACAGCAUCAGCUGAGGGUGGUGACCUGAAGACGAUCACCAUCAAGGGACGGCACUACAAGGUGCUGAACCGGCUGGGGCGAGGCGGCUCUGCCGUCGUCUACCAGGUCUUUGAUCUGGAGCGAAAGUGCACCCUGGCGCUGAAGACGGUCGACCUGCGGAAGGCGGACAAGGCGGUGCUACACGGCUUUCGCGAUGAGAUCAAGCUGCUCGCCUCGCUGCGGGACUGCAAGCGCGUCGUGCGAAUGUACGACUACGAGUUUCGCAACAACGACCGCGAGCUGUUCAUUGUGAUGGAGAAGGGCGACGACGACCUGUCGAAGGUCAUUCAGGGCUUUCAGAGUGAGGGCGGCGUGAAGAAGCUCAGCCCGCACAUGAUUCGCUUCUACUGGCAGGAGAUGGUCAAGGUGGUCAAUGAGAUUCACGUGCGCAAUAUCGUCCACUCCGACCUGAAGCCAGUCAACUUUAUCAUCGUCAGUGGAAAGCUGAAGCUGAUUGACUUUGGCAUUGCCAAUAAGAUUCAGUCGAACAAGACGAGCGUCUACAAGGAGUCCAUCAUCGGCACGGCGGAUUUUAUGGCGCCGGAGUCCUUUCAGCGGCGGCACAAGCUGGAGGACGGCAAGUCGGUGGUGAAGUACAACCAGAAAGCGGACAUUUGGAGUCUCGGGGUGAUACUGUUCAACCUCGUGUACGGCUACAGUCCGUUUGCCGCGUGGAAGGACAACUUCCAGAAGAGUAUGGCCAUUUGCAAUGAGACGAUUACCUUUCCGCAUGAAGAGGACCCGCUGCUAGUCGAUGUGAUUAAGAAAUGUCUCACCAAAGACCCGACGCAACGACCGACGGCGGCCGAUCUGCUCACGCAUCCCUACCUGACGGGCACCGGUCAGGAUAGUCAGUCCAGUCAGUCAGCACUUUCCUCGCGAGCUUCCUCCUCAGAGUCAAUUCACCAGACACCUUCGAACAAGUCGGCCAGUGCUGGCGGCAGUUCCGCUGCAAAGCAGCUCUCCACUGAUCUACUCAGCAAACUGGAGAACCUUACGCCCAACACACUGAAGAGCAUUUCCAAGGUUGUACUCUUCGAGAUGGUUGAAGAGACACUGUCGAAAAAGUAA